AACCGGAAGUGCAGCUGUUGAGUUUGCGUUUAGUUUGACGCUUAUUUCCAACCUGCCAAGGGAAAGCAGACUGGGUGCUGUAAGCAUCAUCCAGGGAGGGGAGGUCGAUAUGUUUACUCCUUCUGGUUUCUGGAAGGUUAUCAGCUGCACCGCCGCCAUGCCGGAGACCCACCCGGCCUUUAAAUGAAGCCUUACAGGGACCACAGCAGGGAGGACGCUGGGUGGCUGUAACCGAGGGAGGGAGGAUGUACUGGGCUGCUGGCUUCGCCUCUUCCCGUCCGUGUGUGGUUGAGCUCGGGCGGAAUCACAGCCUGCCGCUCGGGCUGUGCGGCUCCGAGCAGCAGCAGUCUUUGUAUGGAUAUAUCAUCGCUUUCCCUUUGCAGGACUACGGAGGCAUAAUGUCCGCUCUGGGCUCGGACUCCUGGUGGAAGAAGACCCUGUACAUCACUGGGGGGGCCCUGCUGGCUGCUGCAGCCUACCUCCUGCAUGAACUGCUCGCCAUCAGGAAGGAGCAGGAGCUGGACUCUAAAGACGCCAUCAUCCUCCAUCAGUUCUCCAGGCCACAGAAUGGUGUGCCCAGCCUCUCACCCUUCUGCCUCAAAAUAGAGACGUACCUGCGCAUGGUGGACUUGCCCUACCAGAACUACUUCGAUGGGAAGCUGUCCCCACAGGGCAAGAUGCCCUGGAUGGAGUACAACCACGAGCAGGCGUCAGGCUCAGAGUUCAUCAUAGACUUUCUGGAGGAGAAGCUGGGCGUCAACCUCAACCAGAACCUCACCCCGCAGGAGAAAGCUGUGUCCCGAGCUGUAACCAAAAUGGUUGAGGAACACCUCUACUGGACAAUAGCCUACUGUCAGUGGGUGGACAAUCUUGAGGAAACCCAGAAGCUGCUGGCGAUGAGCGGCCCUCUGAGCGACACGCUGAAGUGGUUACUAUGUCACCUGAACGGCAGCAUGGUGCGCAGGGAGAUGUACGGUCACGGCAUUGGACGCUUCUCAAAGGAGGAAGUCUACACGCUAAUGGAGAAGGACAUGAGGACGCUGGCCACACUGCUGGGAGAUAAGAAGUACUUCAUGGGCUCCAAGGUGUCGACAUUAGACGCUACAGUGUUUGGACAUCUAGCCCAGGCCAUGUGGACUCUGCCUGGGACACGACCAGAGCAACUUAUUAAAGGAGAGUUGAUCAACUUGGCCAUGUUCUGCGAACGGAUGCGGAGGAGGUUCUGGCCCGAGUGGUUUGUGGAGGUGGAGGAUCUUUAUUACGAUGGAGAGAGUGUGAGCAGCGAUGGCGGCGGCUCUCCUACAGGCCUGCUAGACUUAGGCCUCUUCUCCAGGACUGACACUCUGGACGACAGCGACGGCAGCAGCCACUCAGCCGGACACACGCACACACACUCCCCUGACUCUGACCAGUCUCUCUUUGACUCGGACGUGGGAACAGGAUCUGACAAUGACAUUCAGCUUAAGGAGGAGUUGAUGCCCGACCUGGAGGUUUGACCUGAGAGUGGCCAUGAUUGGCUGACUGACUGAAACUGACAGGAGGUGGGAAAAGUCUGGCGGUCUAGAGAUGCUGCCAGACAAAAGCUCACACAGUUGAUCGAAAUAUUCCAGCUCCUCCAACUCCAAAAUCUAAAACGAUUUACCUUCCAGGACUGGGUGUUCAUGUGCAGAGCAUAGAAACUGAACCUCAUAAUAAACAUGCUACUGCAUGGUUUCUCUCCUCCUGUUAUGUCAGAACUGUCUGUGUGACAGUUCCUCUUUGCCUUAUUUGUCUCGUCCCAAUACAGAAGCUGGCGUGUGAAGGUUAACUUAUAGGAAACAUGUCAUCUCAUGAAAAGUGCAGAGAUUACAAAGUAGUGUCGUGGAAAAAAAAAGACAGGUGGCACUUCACUUGGUAUGAAACGAUGCAACUAAUCACCACUCUGCCAUGUGUCUUAACGCACAAACCCAUGUGAACAGGUGGAGAUUGAUCAUGUGGCUAAAAGGAACAGCUGCUGUGUCUCAGCUGUUAACCAUGCGAGUGCUGGAGAGGAAGUACAGAUGACAUUGAGUCCCAAUCCACGCUCUAAAUCGAUCCUCAUGUCAUGUCCUUCAUGCUCCUGUAUAACGGGAGAGUCUGUAUCAAACAUGAUGUAUGUCUCCGUCAGACUCUAGAUGCACGUCGUAGUUCUAUAGAAAGGAUGGGAAAGGAAGGAGGAGCAGAUUUGUGCCUGUUUUAUUUAUUGGUUAUAAUUAACUUUUAUCUCCAUUAAGUAAUUAUUUAUGUUGUUUUUGUUAAAGAUUGAGAUUUCACUCAUUCAGUACAACUUCUCUGGUAAUGAACUGUUGUUUGACUAUGUGACCACUAGAUGGAGUCAGCUGUCAGCUUGAUGCCACCUUUAUUCUGCAUCAUUCAAGGUCAUUGCACCCUGAACUGCUGCCCGUUAAACAAAGUAGAUGUUUCCUCUUUCAGAUAUCAUGGUUCUCAUCUAUAAAUAACCUGUCAGGGUGUGUGUGGACAGAAAUACAUGCAUGCAUUUGCAUAAAUACAGACAUAUCAGCCUUAGUUCUCUCAGACUCAAGACACGGACAAAACAUGGUACAGGUCUGCAACGUUUUUUAGUUAUGUGAUUUAUUACCAGUGCCACUUAAUUAUUCUUUACAGGAUCUUAUGUGUCAAAUAUGUAUAUUAGUUUGUUUAUUUUCGUAUUACUCUCAAAGAGAGAUGUUAUUUUGCACUAGUGGAAAUUUAUUUUCACCUUAUUUCACUGGGAACAGUCUGCUAUAGAGGUAGAAAAGCCAAAUGAAUGGGAAACAUAGAUGUGUGUAUCAGUAGUUUGAGGACGCCAGGUUUUCUGAUAGUGAUUGUUUUGGGAGGGGACCAUGCUGCUUAUGCUGGAUGUGUGGAUGGGAAUUUUCCUGGGUGUGAAUGUCAUAAAGUAGAUGAAGAAUUCUUUGCAGAGACAGUCAGAAUACCAAAUCAGUUGAAAGAAAUGUUGCAAUUUAAAAACAGAAAAAAAAAACCUUGUGGAUGAAAUGGAUCAAAAUGUCUGGGGGAAGUGUUCACCACAUUUAGCUUUGUUGGAUUGUUUGUUAUGGCAAUAAGAUUGAUGUAAGACAAAGAUUGUGGUUGAUAUAGAGUAGAUGUCAAGGGUCAGCUCAUCAAGUUAUAACAACACUGUUAAAACUCUCUCACUGAUAUCUAGUAGUGUUGAGCUAUGCUGAUUGUUUUCUACCACUGGCUCAAUAAAAUAAAGAGGGAAUAUUAAUGGUGCUCACAGCUUGAAAAUAUACAUCAAGUAUUCAUUUAUACUGAAGUCUCAUCCUUAUUUCUGUAGAUAACCCACUGAAAAAAUUCUGCCAACAGUUUUUUUUCUUUAAAAAAAAAGCUAAAGUGAAAACUGAAAAACAAUUCAGGUGAAUCAUAACUGAUGACAACAAUUGAAAUGCUACACACCGAGCAUGACUUUGGAGAUUUAUAAAGUUGACAUUCUGAAAUGACAAGCUAUAUAUUUUCUUUUCUCUUCCAUGUUUUCUUUUUUCCUUUUCUAUUUUCUGUUCUUUUCGCUUUGCCUUUUCUUUAUUUUUUCAGUUUAUUUUCUUUUUCCUUCUUCUCUUUUUUCCUAUUCUUUUUAUACUUUUCAUUACCUUUAUAUUUUCUUUGUUUCAUUUUUCUUUCCUUUCCUUUUUUCUAUUUUCCUUUCCUUUUCCUUUCUUGUGAACAUCACAUGGUUUUAUGAAGAUAAACAGCCUUACCUUUAUCUUUAUUUUUUUCUUUUACACCGUGUUUGUAUCGUCAAACGCUUUUCAAAGCAUCCUGAAGACAGUUUCAGUUCAGAAUGAAACCAUUUUGUGUUUUAUGUAUGUUUAUUGACAGAUUAUCAAUGAAACGAAAUGGUGCUUGACGAACUUACAGGGAAUCAAGCUCUGCACUUUGCCUGAGCUAAAGGAGCGUUUCAGCAUCUUUUACAUCAUGGAUAUGGUUUUGUUUUUUAUCCCAAACCUCUUCUGGUUUGUUUCACUUCACUUCUAAACUCGCAGCAUUACACUACCGUCAAUUUUUUUUUAAUGCAGGAGACUUGGUCUGUUUUUAAUCAAACAGACCAAGUUAGCCAGAAGGUAGUGAACAGAAUGAUGCAUUUAGCUGCUUUAGAGAUAUUCCCUCAAGGGUUGUGUGGAUACCAAAUAUCAUAUUGGACUUAACAAAUGAAAACAAGUGUUGCUCAGUGCCAGCUCAAUGCAGCUGUUUUCUAACAAGUUUGACAUGUUAACAUUAAAAGGUUGAAGAGAAACAGUAAAUUGGAUGAAUGUAGCGUGGGGUAGACAAGCAUCAAAAUCAAACCUGAGUCCAAUGUGUCAAGGAUUUUGAGUCGCCUGCUCUACCACCUGAGCUAACCCUGCACUUCAAGAUGUCAUUUUUCAAUUCUGUAAGCACCAAAACCUCAAUUCACUUUAGCUUCAUUGAUUUUGCUUUGGAAACAGAGAUCUCACAGAGUAAUUCGGAGCCAGAAAACAAAACUAUCUGCAUGGCUACACACCACUUGAAGUUACUAAGAAGGUAUGUGAAGAUAUUUUGCAGUUUGGUGAAUUGACCAUUUUAAUGAGAUAAAGUUAGCGAUUGAAGGCCGUGUGUGAUCCAGAUGUUGAGACUCUAGAGGGAGCCUUCUUCCAUUGUGUCGCCCUGUGGUUCGCACUCUAACCCCGCCCUGGCCUUGGUUGUGUUCGUUUCAGUCGCAUCAUCCGGGAUGGACAUUGUAUACAGUUGGACUGCUUUAAUCAAGCCAUAUUAAAACUAAUUGUCUUCUUACUGGAUCCAUGUCGUUGCAUUACUUCUUGGGUAAUGUAAAUAUUUUAUGUGUGACAAUGUGUAUCAUACUGUAUGUAGAGCAGACUGACUGAGCAGACUACCUAUGGAUGUGCAGUCAUGAACAGAGCGACUGGAUGAUUUCAAUAAAAAAAAAAUAGCUGUGACAAUUUUAAA